AUGGAUACUCUUACCACUCAUCCCGCGACGGCGCAGCAAGCCAAGGCAUUCACCUCACCUUCUUCGUUGUCGUAUCCAGGUGGUACUGGGGAUCUCACUCCACCGUCUGAGAAGGAUGGACUUCAGGACGCGAAGAUGAACGGUCAGCAGCAGCUACGCCCAAUGGCAAUGGGAAACAUCGUCGCUACGGUCAACCUUGAUUGUCGCCUAGACCUCAAGACGAUCGCGCUUCAUGCGAGGAACGCUGAGUACAACCCAAAGCGAUUUGCGGCUGUAAUCAUGCGUAUUCGUGAUCCCAAGACCACUGCUCUCAUCUUCGCCUCUGGCAAGAUGGUCGUCACUGGUGCAAAGUCUGAGGAUGAUUCUAAGCUAGCUUCUCGCAAGUAUGCCAGAAUCAUCCAGAAGCUCGGCUUUGGUGCGAAGUUCACCGACUUCAAGAUCCAGAACAUUGUCGGCUCUUGCGAUAUCAAGUUCCCUAUCCGUCUGGAGGGUCUUGCGUCCAAGCAUCACAACUUCAGCUCCUACGAGCCCGAAUUGUUCCCUGGUCUCAUCUACCGUAUGAUGAAGCCCAAGAUCGUCCUUCUCAUCUUCGUCAGCGGCAAGAUUGUCUUGACCGGUGCAAAGGUUCGCGAGGAGAUCUACACGGCCUUCGAGCUGAUCUACCCGACGCUGUCUGACUUCCGCAAAGUCUAA